CCUCAAAAUACCAAAUUGUUUAAAAACUCUUUGUAAUUAAUUAUGAACAUAACAACUGUAUAAAUUAUAUAAAUUACAGUUAUGCUUAAUAGACACCAGUAAGUGCAACACCACUGGUAUUGAAAUGUGCUACUGCAAAUAUAAGGAGAAAGACAACACCUGCCAUCUAGUUGUAAAUAUAACACUGGGCAAACUGGACAAUGAAGCAGAGAUUAAAGGAGUGUUAACAUUCAAUAAUCUGCUAAACAUUUUCAGCACUCCUUAUAUACUUCCCAACUUUUUGAAAAAUGACUUUAAGCAGAAAAAAGGCAAAAGUCGGAGUGAUAAAAACCUGAAAAAUAUUGUAUUUGCAGCUGUUUACUGGGGAUUAUUUACAUUAAUUGCUAUAAUUUAUUAUGUGAAACAGUAUAUAUUAGGAGGAGAUGACUAAAAUAAAAAAAAUUCAAUUUGACUUCAUUGAGAAAUAGGAGAUGAAGAGCAACUUGAUCAACACACAGCUUAUCUUUUGUCAAGUUUGUUGCCAUUUAUUGGUUCAUCCUUUUUCAGUGUAUUAACUCAAUCCGUCCCAUGAGCAGCGAGAUGCGGCUUGGGCCAGCUUCACCGUAGGCCCGUGAGUCGCAAGGUACGGCUCGACACCGCUAGUGUUUGUUUCUUUAACAAGUCAUUUAACAUGUAAAAAACUACAUUCUUUAAAAUAACUCACAAUUAUCUUCAUUUACUACUAUAGAAAUUUCAUUUCUGUUCAUUUUGAUGUAUAAUACAUACAUCUGGUUAGAAAAACAUAGGAGCUAUACUUGUUUAAGUAGGUGAGGGCUGUGUAAAAAAAUUGGGUCACCGAAAUAAUGAGGUCAGGAGGUGGAAACGCCUCUGGUAUAGAAAGAGUUAAUAGAUUGACGUGGUCGAGUCGGUAAAGCUCAUGGUUGCUAAACCGAAAAGUCUCGAGUUCGAACCCUCGGGCAGAUGAGGCUCGUUAGCUGGGGACAGCCACUAUUCUAGGAGAGACAACUCCAAAAUUAAACAACUGCUGCCUUGUAGUUUGUUCUUGGUUGGACAAAGGCUAUGGAAGCAAAUCCAAAAAAGAAAAGCAGGCUGAAAUCGGAGUCAAUGGCCUUAAUGGCGCAUAACCAGUUGACACGUUACGCUUAAUUGUGUUGCAGGCAUGGUCGAGUCGGCAAAAAGCUCAUGGUUGAUAAAUUCGAACAAAGUAUCGAGUACAAACCCACUGGCAGAUAAAUCUCGAUCCCCUUCAAGACUAAUAAUUAAGAACGAAGAAGAAGAAGAAGAAUAGAUUGAUAAAUUGUUUAAUAUUUCUGUUUAAGUAAGCCCAGAUUAAUACAUUUGACGUAAAUUAAUACAUAAUUUUUUUAAAAGCUAUGAAUAUUUCAUUCAACAUCUAAUAUAUGCAUCACAGAAAUAGUACAUGUUAUUCUGUAGGAUAAUUUUAAAUAUAUAAAAAUAUACUCUCUUUUUACAAAUGCUAAAAUUAUUGUGAUAAUUUUUAAAUUUGUUUUUUCUUUUAUUUAUUUGUGUAUUUUAUUCUUGCUAAAAUUAAUUAGCAAACUGUUGUAAAAUUCUUGAAUUUUAAAUUGGUUUAGUAAUUCAAUUCACACUAUUAAUUGUUUAAAAGCAAUUUGCAUAACAUUUUUUUUUAUACCCUUAGAGUAAUUUUGUCUUUUUAAAAUGUAUAAUUUUAGCUGUCAUUAUUUUACACUAAUCUACUAUCUUUGUGAAAUAUUAUUCUUUAGGAUUUACUUCUUUUUUCCCAAAAUGUAAAUUUUUGUACUGGGUUCAUCGAUUGGAUUGACUGUCUGCCCCGAAAAUGUAUUUUUUGAGGAGGUUGACAAACUGUUAUGGGUUAGUGGGCGUUUGGAAUCAGUGUGAAUAUUUGCAUGUUGAUUUUAGUAGUAAAUCAAUUAAUCACUACAUCAAUUUAAACUUUAUUUGAUUUCCAUACAAAAUGUAUACACUUAAAUGGCAAUAUCCUUAUUUAAAAUUAAAAUAGCUCAGCAUAGAAUUAAAUUAUGGACUGUAUAUCAAAAUGUUUUAGCAAGAGCCUAAAGUAGAUUUACAACUAGUUAUAAUAUAGUGUAUGACUACAGAAAAUAAAUUCUAUUUUAUAACUUUUUUAUACAAAAUGUUAAUGUUGUUUUUCUGCUUAAAUUUUGAGUUGAUUUGGGGAAAAAAUAUUAUUGAAAUAAAACAAUAUGCUAUUAUAUUUGAAUUUUUUUUUUUUUUCAACACACUCUAAAUUCUAUUUUUAAUAUUUAAUAAUAGGCAAUACUGAAAAAAAUAGAUCACUAUAGUUUUAAUAAUAUUGCAAGGUACACAAAUAUCACCCAUGCUAUUGAAUUAUUAAAUGGAGUGGGGGAGGUCAUCCAAAGUGUACAGGGGGAGGGGGGUCUAAAUUCUAAAUGUGUGUACAUUAUAAAUGGAUGGCUAAUAAUGAUGCAAGCAGAAAAUAUUUUUAAAUUUAUGUUUAUAACAUAAUUAUGCCUUUUGAUGUAUGUCUUUUUGAUACAUUUAUUUAUAGUGCAUACAUUCCAAUGAUACAAUAGAAAGUGUUUUUGGUUGUUAAAAUAAUUUAACUCUUAUCAUGAUUAACAGUUUAACCACACUUUAAGUUUUUUGUUACUUUGUACUUUUGUAAAGUAUUUACUAUUCUCACUGAUUUCCUGAGUCAACGCCCUAAGUGUUCUUAUAAUCUUGAGUCAUGGUUUUGUGUUUUAAAAUGCUUCAAAUUUUUUUUUUU